AUGGGUGGAAAGGCAGUGAAAUUAUUUUCAGACUCGAGGUUGGUAGUUAGCCAGGUGACACGAGAGUUGGAGGCCCGAGAUCCAAGGAUGCAAGGGUAUCUGGACCGGGUUAGGCGUAUGCGUGCGAAGUUUGAGUCUUUCGACGUAUUACAUAUUCCUCGAGGUGAAAAUACCCACGCUAAUUCCUUGGCGACCCUUGCCACCUCCUCAGUACGAAAUUUUCCUCGAGUGAUUAUCGUUGAAGACCUGUGUACCCCCACCUCACCGGAAAAGGAGAUGGAAGACCGGAGCUUUGUGUACACAGUGGAUGAAGCACUUGCUGCUGAAGCAGCAGAGCUUAUGCUUAUCUCUUUUAGUUUGUUCCUGCUGACAAUAGAGGCAAAUGGAUGGCGGUCUUCUCAACUUUCUGGACAUUUGGAACAAUUUUUGAGGCUUCACUUGCUUGGUCUUGCACCAGAGUCUCCAAGGUAUCUGUGUAUGAAAGGUAAUACUACUGAUGCACUUCGUAUUCUGGAGAAAAUGGCUCAACUCAAUCAACGAAAGCUGCCUUCUGGCCUUCUUGUUUCUACUAAAACAGACAGAAAAGAUGAAGAAUUUUCUCCAACAGAAGAAGUUCUUUUACUCUCAUCAACUAAAAAGAAUACUGAGAGCUUCCUGGACUUCUGUUAUCACUUAUCAGCAAUAAUUGUGGAUAGAGUUGGCCGCAAGCUUUCCUUCAUUAUUAUGCUCACCCUAGUUUGUAUAUUCCUUCUGCCACUGGUCUUCCAUCAGUCUGCAGUUUUAACAACAGGAUUAUUGUUUGGAGCUCGCAUGUGUUCCAUGGGAUCCAUCACAGUUGCCUAUAUAUAUGGCCCAGAGAUAUACCCAACUUCUAUGAGGACAACUGGGACCGGAAUUGCAAGUUCUACGGGAAGAAUUGGUGGAAUGAUAUGUCCCUUAGUAGCAGUUGGAUUGGUGACUGGUUGCCAUCAAACAACUGUCAUUAUUCUAUUUGAGGUUGUCAUAGUUCUCUCAGCCAUCUGUGCUUUUCUCUUCCCAGUUGAAACCAAGGGACAGGAAUUAAGUGACACCAUAGGUGUAUCAAAGUCAAAAGAAGUUCUUGUAGUUGGUGAUUAAAUUAUACCCUUGCACCAUUGUGACAAAGGAAAAGAAGAAGAAUAAGAAGCUUCACAUGGUUUUUCUUAUUACUUAG